AUGAUGCAGAGGAGGAAGAUAAAGUCUUUGUGUGUGCAAGAGACAAGGUGUAAGGGCAAUAAGGCAAAGAUCUUAGCUGAAGGCUAUAAGCUACUUUAUAGUAGUGAAAGCCCAGAAUCAAGAAAUGGAGUUGGAGUUAUUUUGCACAGAAAGCUUCAAGAAGAGGUAUGUGAAGUCAACAAAGUAAAUGAUACGGUCAUGUAUGUUAAAAUGAUGUUUGGCAGAGAAAUGGUAACAGUGCUGACAGCCUAUGCAUCCGAAGCGGGAUGUUCGGAGGACGGGAAGGAAAAAUUUUGGAGAGAUUUGGAUGGAGUAAUGGUCGGAGUACCAGAGAAUGAAAGAGUGAUAGUCGGAGGGGAUCUAAAUGGUCAUGUUGGUGGAAGGAAAGAGAGUGUGCAGGAGUGGUGGAAAAUUGAUAGUGCUGUUAUAAGGAAGACUGGGGAGGAAGUAUUUUGGUUAACAUCUGGGAGAGGGGUGCCAGAAGAUAAGGAAGCAUGGUGGUGGAAUGAAGAGGUGCAGAAGGUUGUGAAGGAAAAGAAAGACGCUAAGAGGAAGUGGGAUAUGUCCAGAAGUGCUGAGGAUGGGCAAGCAUACAAAAGAGCAAAGAAGGAGGCAAAACGAGCCGUGGCUAAAGCUAAAGCUGAAUCAGUAAGGGAGGCAUACGAACAACUACAGAAAAAUCAGGAUAUGAGACAACUGAUAUGGAUAGGCAAAUCAAGAGAUAAAGCUUCUAAGGAUCUAACAGCAAUAAAACAAAUGAAAGAUGAAAUAGGAAUAAUUCUGCAUGGUCAUGGAAAAAUAAUCCAAAUGUGGUUGGAUUAUUUUGAGAAAUUGCUGAAUGAAGAAAACGUAAGAGUGAAAACUGAGGAAGGAGGGCAAACAAAGGAUUAA